AUGAACUCGCAAACGGAGGAUUCAUUUUCCGAGUUUCAAAAGGAGUACGCUUGUUUCUUGGAAGAGAUGUCCGGGAAAGAGAAAGACGGUGAUCCACCCAGGACAUCAGCAUCUCGUGAAUCGACCAAGCGAUCCAGUAACUCUCCGGCUUCAAACUCUCAACAAGAAGCUGAACCCAUGACGGAAAACCGGCAAAACCUCGGCGGCAUGUGGAACCAGGAAAAUCCAGCAGCCAAUGAACAGCAUGGAAUGCCCGGUCGUUUUCCCUACCCACGAAGCGGCGGUCCCCAUUACACUCAACAAAGCAUGAGCCCCCCUCAUCCCCACGAAAAUCCGUACAAUGCCCGUCAAGGGCCGUAUGGAACACAAUACGUGGUGGCGCCGCCUUUCACAGCGACUUCCCCGCCAGGACAACCGCCAUUCCAACACCCCAAUCCACAUGGUCAGUACGAGUCUUUCGCCAACAUGUUUCCGCCCGGCUCCAUCCCGACAUCCGCGCCUCCCGGUUAUCAACAACAUCAACAGUUGCCGAAUAACUUUACACCCGCUGGACAAAAUGGAUAUCCACAAAAUUUUUAUGGUCAACAACAGUGUGAUCCUAACGGAACGAUACCAAAUUCGCAGAAUCCACAUGCAGCCUUCUGGCCACAAAUGGGUUAUGGUCAACAGAAUCCAACGAAUGGUCAAGCAAGUGGAACGGCUGGACCUCAAGGAAUGCCUUUCUUCCCACAACAGCCUCAGCAACAUCAAACAUUUCCCCAAAACCCCACGUUUCCAAUAGGCAAUUCUCAACCGGAUAUCACGGCGUUUGCUGAGCACCUCAAGUCGAAACAAGAAAGCACAACCCCACCAACUUUCCACGAAUCUCCAAAAAAAGCCUCAUCAGUUGGCUAUGGGAAAUACAAGAAUCAAGAUAAAAAGAGGAAAGGAAUAAAAGGAAAGGAAAGAAAGCCAAAGCAGCAAGCC